AGCGAACUCUAAACUUUGACCUCCCGUCACUGCUUCCGUUCACAUCGUGGCCUUCUGGGACAUGUUGGACCGCACCACAUGUAUUUUUAUGUUACGCGCAGUUAAAAAAAUAUAUACAUACACUUGGGGACACAUACUCAGAAUAUUUUGAGCUCGUUCACUUGUCUUAAGAUAAAUGUAGGUUCUUGUCAUAAAGAUCCGCAUUUGCUUAAUAAUUCCCUCGUGCGCCCUCUGAUGUCUGAAAUAUGAAGCGUUACUGCACGUUCAUCGAUACUGCUUGGGAACAUGCGGCAGAAGCAGCCGCUGAUGAGUGAAAGGGCCUGCGGCAAGGUCCUCUCAAAUCCACUGCACUGCAUGGCGUCAAUUGGUUCCACCUAACAUCAUAUCACCAUACCCCUGGUCCCACAGCACCCUCAUGAUUUGGACACAGGCUUCACAAAAGCUGCCUAAUGACCGCCUGGAUCGUCUUGCCAGUCAGCCUGUCUGCCUUCUCGAUCACAGGGAUAUGGAUAGUAUAUGCCAUGGCAGUGAUGAACCACCAUGUCUGUCCAGUAGAAAAUUGGACGUAUAAUGUAACAUGUAGCAAGGAGACAGCUAAAAGGGCCUUCCCUAAGACAUGUUGUGCUCCGCAGGACAUUCCUCUCAUCAGCAAGUGUGGUUGCUACCCACCUGAAAGCUGUCUUUUCAGUCUCAUUGGCAAUGUUGGGGCCUUUAUGGUGGUGAUGGUGUGUAUAUUGCGCUAUGCUCAGGUGAUUGAGCACAGCCACCAGUGCUGGGUCAACACCAGUGCUAUGGUGUCUGGCUGCAUAAAUGCCCUGGGGCUCGUUAUGGUGGGCAACUUCCAGGUUGACCAUGCUAGGACUCUGCACUAUGUGGGGGCUGGUGUGGCAUUUCCUGCAGGCCUGAUGUUUGUGUGCCUACAGUGUGUGCUGACAUACCGCAUUGCUGAGACAGCACUGGACUACUGGAUGGCCCACAUGCGAGUGGGUCUGUCAGCUGGAGCGCUGGUGUCCCUCAUUCUCAGUGGUAUUUUCUUUAUUCAUGAGAGCUUUGUGUUGCAACAUGCUGCUGCAAUCUGUGAGUGGGUUUUCACCAUCCUGAUCCUGGUUUACUAUGGCACCUUCACCUAUGAGUUUGGCACUGUCAACAACGACACCAUGAUGGCCGCCCUUGUCAGACACAUUCCACACAAUCGUCCAGGCUCUGGAGGCAUUGUCGGGGGCAUCAGCAAGGGUGUGGCCAUGGGUUGCAGUGCUCGCAGCCUGAAGUCUCCUGUAGGUAGCAGCACCUCUACACACCUGAACAGCACCCCAGAGAGUGUUGCCAUGAUAUAGCAAAUGACCAGUAUAUUACAGUCCUGAUAAAACCCAGAUUCACUUUUCACUCAGCUUUGAUGUAAUACAGCAUUAGAAUGGCAAUAUCUACUGUACUUUUUUGUAGACUGGUUACUGCUGAGGAGGAAUUGCUACCAUGAAUUGUAGAUAUAAGGUUCUGCCUGAGACUCAACAAACUAAAAUGCAGUAACCAGCACACAGAUAGUCUUUAAUCCUUAUAUCUGUAAUAAAACAGUUUUCAUAAGUCGCACCACAAAUGGUAUAGUAUUGAUUCUAAAUAUCUAAUUGACCUGGCAAUAACACCAAAAAAAGUGGAAGGGGAAUUCCAGUUUGUCAAUUACUGCAGAACUCAAUGGCUAAGAUGUAAACACUGUCAUUUGGAAUUACAUUGUAGAGAAUCUUUCUGACACAGAUUUCUUUACAUUGGUAAAACCAGGAGUGUGAUGUCUAUUACACAGUUAUGGCUAUUUUAUAGCCUCAACACCAGUGAAGCUACACGUGUUUUCUGAGUUUUUAUAUCUAAGAUUGAGAAUGGUAUAGUAGUGGUAAAUCUUAAAAAUAUGUUUUAUUUUGUGACUUUUUUGCCCUACAAGCCCCUUGCAUAUUUUUUUUUGUCUAUAAUCUCAAGUGUACCACAGAACAAUGUGUCAUAUGUAUGUGAAACAAUGUUAUAAAUGUUGUUUCAUAAACAAAGUGUAUUUGUAACCACUUCAUGUUAAAACUUUUUGUAAGGUAGGUUUUAGAGGCAUUCGACUCUUCAGAUGUCUGGUUCACCAAUGCUGUGAAAAAUUCUGACUCGUUAAGUUUCCUUAGAAUGGAUCAUUUCACAUCAGAUCUGAAUAACUUUGUGUACAUCUUAACCAUUUAAUCAUGAAGAUUUUUUGGAAUUUUUCUUUGAGAAAAUUAAGGGGAGAGUAAAGCUCACUAAAUCUGUUCUUUCCUUUCAUCCUUACUUUCUAAAUAACUUAUGCUUGUAACACGGGUCAGUGAAGCGAGGACAAGCUAUUGGCACAGCACUGGUCUCACUUCUUUUGGUUGCACUGAUUUUCCACUAUUGCUUUUAUGAUCAGGUUCAGUGUAUAUACUUAUUAUUAUUUGUGAUUACUUUUGUCUAAGUUUAUUUUUCAGUAAGUAGUUUCAUGGCAAUAUGAUACUCAGUGAUGUACGUUUACCAAGAGGUACUGCUAUUCUUAUUUUAAAUCAACAGCUUAUUAUAUAUACUGUAUGUAUGGAUAUGAGACAGAAAAAGACAUGCUAUUGUAAAAUGAAAGAGUUUUCUAUUGUCUCUGCCUUGAUGCCUUUCAUAACAUUUGACCAGCAUUCACGAAAAGUUAUAUUAAGCUAUAUGUUGUACCUUUCAUCUUUAGAAAGCAAAAGCAAAUGCAAUCACUGUGAUAAUUGUGAUAACACUAAUUGCUUGAUUUUAUUUUAUUUUAUGCUCUAGUAUCCUCUGUCUGACAGAAGUACAGUAAUAUUUCUAGAAUGUGUGAACUAUCAUGGCUUUGUGAAAAUAUAGCCAGAUGUUUUGCCAUGCUUUUGUGUAACUGAACUACAUGGAUUGUGAGAAUUUAAGAGUUCGGCAGGUAUUUAUUUGUAGAUUUUAUGUGUAGAUUGCUUUUGCCCAUAUGCCAUCAAGGAGAAUUGAAGCUAAUUUUCUAAAACAGAAGAUUUAUUUAAAGAGAUAUUAGGUAAUUGUAUUUUAUUGUGUUCAAUUGUGGAAUUAUUGUGUACUCUUUCUUUGCUAAUUUAGCUAAUUUAGGUAUUGUUUAAUUAUUUGUUUGUUUUAGCAAAAACGGUAUAUUUCAAAAACCAGUCCAUAAACUUUAGACAUGUUCUCUUAUUUUAUAAAUUUAUUUUGUGCUUUAAUAUGUCUUACAAACAGUAUUACAUAUUCUUAUACCUCUGCUAGAACUGCCAGCUAACCUUCUUGUAAAUAAAUGCACUUGCUUUAAGGUUUUCCAUUUUACCUCACUAAGCAUACUUUAGAUGUCAGAGUAGGGUUUAAAACUAUUUAUAAAACUCAAGUUUUAUACUCUAGUGCUUCCUUGUGAACCUUACAAUAUUGCAGGUAUUCCUGACAGAAGGAAAAGUUCAUUACAGGCCACAUCACAUGCUUAGAAUAAUAUUCUGAAAUACAAUUGGAAACCUGAAUACAGUUUCAAAAGUAAUGGAUCUGCUAAUGUGAAGCUCCGAUAAGUUGUGAUUUCAUACAGUCUUUUUAGCAGUUAGUCAAUAAUUUAAUGUAAUUUAAAUAAUGUCAAAUAAGUUGCUGUGUAUAAUAAAAAAUAGCAACCAAUAUGUUUUGUAUUCAAGUUCAGUUGUUUAUUUGUUUAUUUCUUUUUUGUUUCCCAUGUUUGACACUGAAACAACACAGUUUUUAGCUGUGUCAGUCUGUUUGCACAUAGCUCUGAGAAUUUCUAUGAUAGAAGAUAAACUUAGAAUUGUAAAAUUACCAGCCCACCAAAACACUCCAUAAACACACAUGCAUAAAAUGUUAAACUAAGCACUUAACUUUGUUUUAUACUCAAAGACCACAUUUCGUGUAGUGAUCUACGAGUAGUCACAAUGAACAGUAUUGUAAAAAUCCCACAUGGGUCCACAUUUUGGUAAAUGGGUAUCUAAUUUUUUGUGAGAAGUUUUUGAACUGUUUGGUUGAAUUUUGUUAAAGCAGUAGUAUUUUUUUUAUUACAGUUCAUUUGAUUAUGGCCCAAAGAAUAACUUUGUUGUAUUAUAAAUGCAUCAACUUGUUUAGAAAUAUUCAAAAGAAAAAAAUGAAUGAAUAAAUGACAAUUAAGAAUGA